CCUCCCAUUCCUCUUUUUCCCUUGUCGUUCUCUGUCAUGCAAUACUUUUCUGCUAAAUUCUUCUCUAUAAAUAGCAUUCCCCCAUCAUGGUGCUCAUCCAACCAAGUUGAAAACUCCUGUUCAACUAUUCUAUAAUUUCUGUCCUCUGAAGUGGUCUUCAAAGAAACACUAAUAAUGGUCAAUUCUAUAAAAUGUCUCCUGCUUCUUUCUCUAGCCUUUGUUCCAUUCUGUCACUGCAAAAAGGAACAAGGGGUUAACCUCUACCCACAAUUUUACGACCAAUCAUGCCCCAAAGCUCAAGAGAUUGUCAAGUCCAUUGUUGCCAAGGCUUUUGCGAAAGAUCCCCGCAUGGCCGCCUCGCUUCUUAGACUACACUUCCAUGACUGUUUUGUCAAGGGUUGUGAUGGAUCAGUGUUGCUAGAUAGCAGUGGAACCAUCAUCAGUGAGAAGAGGUCAAAUCCAAACCGCAAUUCAGCUCGAGGAUUUGAAGUCAUAGAUGAAAUUAAAUCUGCAAUAGAAAAAGAAUGCCCUCACACUGUGUCUUGUGCUGACAUUUUGGCUAUAGCUGCAAGAGAUUCAACUGUUCUGACUGGUGGACCAAGCUGGGGUGUACCUUUGGGAAGAAGGGACUCUCUUGGUGCAAGCCUCAGUGGCUCAAAUCAGAACAUUCCAGCCCCCAACAACACAUUCCAGACUAUCCUAACUAAAUUCAAGCUUAAGGGGCUUGACAUAGUUGAUCUAGUUGCACUAUCUGGGAGCCACACCAUAGGAGAUUCUAGGUGCACCAGCUUCAGGCAAAGACUCUACAACCAAACUGGAAAUGGCAAAGCAGACUUCACUCUUGACCAAUCCUAUGCUGCUAAAUUGCGCACUCAGUGUCCAAGAUCUGGUGGGGACCAGAAUCUGUUUGUGCUAGACUUUGUCACCCCAGUAAAAUUUGACAACAACUACUUCAAGAACUUGCUGGCAUUCAAGGGUCUGCUGAGUUCUGAUGAGAUCCUCUUGACAGAUAAUAAAGAAUCUGAAGAUUUAGUGAAGAAGUAUGCUGAGAGAAACGAUCUUUUCUUUGAACAAUUUGCCAAGUCCAUGGUUAAGAUGGGAAACAUUACUCCUUUAACAGGGUCAAGGGGAGAGAUCAGAAGGAUCUGCAGAAGGAUUAACAACUAAUAAAGUCAUGCCACACAUGUGAACUUAAAAUUUUACCUACAUUUUUAUGAUGCUUCCAUUGACAGUGUGCCCUGAGUUUGUACUUGGGAUUUUCUUAGAAUUGUUGUGUGUUUGGAUCCAAUUUAUUGAAUAAGAUGUUUCAGGAUAAUUUCUUGAA